GCGUGAAGAGUAUCCUACUGCUCCCAUAAGCCCUAUAUAUUACUAGCGCAGCAAGCUUUACCUUCAAUGAAAGCAGGGAAGAGGAGCGAUUGGCUGCGAACAGCAUCGCCGAGACACAAAACAUAGAAUCAAGCCUGACCCUCAUAGCCGCGGAACAUUUAUUUCCCACAAGGAGUGAUAUUUGCUGCAUGAACGUCGAUCUUUGGAAACGUGCAUUUUGGGACCACCAAACUGGCACCUUGUUUGAGUUCUUUCUGCUUGUUUUUUGGAGGGUAACUGCGUCCAUGUGAUGCUAUCCCUCUCGAGAGACAAGAGUUUGGAAACGCUUUUAGCACUAAUAAUAUACUACUACACAUAGAUCACCUUUACCAGUCCUGAACCUCCAGCAUGGAUCGCUGUCAAAGACUAGUUAUCCUCCUAUUGGGAUGGGGUUAUCUGUGCUGUGGAUACAGUGCUGUGCUCAAAUCACCCUUCAUGGUAUUCUCAAAAGAUGUGGAAUUUGGACAAAAAGUGGUCGCGCAAGAUAAGCAGCAUGUGAAGAAAACCGAGCAGGACACACUGUCAGAGCACAUGCAGAUGCUCUACACCAAAUACAACAACGCGGGAUUCCCUCUCAAAGAUGGAAACACUGUGCGCAGCUUUAAAGGACAUUUGGGCAAGGUCAACAAUAAGCAGCUACAAAUUUUCAACCUCACUUCCCUCACCAAGUCAGAAGAUGUUCUCUCAGCGACCCUACACUAUUACAUUGGUGACCUGCAGAACAGCAGCAACAGAUGCAUGAGAUUUAAGAGCUGUGCUCACCAUAACCUCAGAAGACAAGGGCACAUACACCUGAAUAUCUGGAGCUUCAGCUUUGUGGAGAACAUCACCAGAACAAUUGGCCAUUUCUCCAUUAACGUUUCCACAAUGUACCAGGACUUCAUAUCGUGGCAGUGGAAAGACAUUACUCGUGUGGUCAAUCAAGCCAAGCAUUACGACCAGCUUCUAAUAGGCAUUGACACUGAAGGACGCCAACCUUGGAAGAAGCUCUUGUCAGAUAGGUCUCCUUAUAUUCUGGUCUACGCCAAUGACUUGGCUAUCUCAGAACCUGAGAGUGUUGUAUCCACUCUGCAGAGAAACAAGAGUAUACUGGUGCCAAAUCUUCAUUUGCUUGAAAAGCAUAAUCGCAGUACCUCCACGCAACAUCGGACCAGGCGGUCAGCCAACAUCCUACUACCACUACAGAACAAUGAGCUUCCAGGCCCUGAGUACCCUUAUGAGAUUGAGACUUGGGAUGAAACCAGCCCUUAUGAUCCAAUGGAGAGCAAGCCAGUCAAGCGCCCUCGUAAGAAGACUCGCAAAAACCCACGGCAUAAAAAUCCACUGCUACAAUUUGAUGAGCAGACCAUAAAGAAAUCACGUAAGAAGCAAUGGAACGAGCCCAGGAACUGUGCUCGCAGAUAUUUAAAGGUUGAUUUUGCAGAUAUUGGCUGGAGUGAGUGGAUUAUCUCCCCCAAGGCGUUUGAUGCAUACUACUGCUCAGGGUCUUGUCAGUUCCCCAUUCCAAAGUCUUUGAAACCUUCAAACCACGCCACCAUUCAGAGCAUUGUGCGGGCGGUCGGUGUCAUCCCUGGCAUCCCAGAGCCCUGCUGUGUACCGGAGAAGAUGUCUUCCCUCAGUAUCCUCUUCUUUGAUGAAGACAAGAACGUGGUCCUCAAGGUUUACCCCAAUAUGACAGUGGACUCCUGUGCCUGCCGGUAAAAAGUUUCGGUCUUUUCCACCAGCUUCCCACCCCUUAACCCAAUUUUUGCACUGGAAGAAAGACUACAUCCCAGUAGCUGACUGAAUAUAUAAAUUUUAUAACUCUUGAAGAACUAUUUUUAGUUUUUAGGAUUGUUAAGUCCUAAAUGCUUUUCCAGAAGAAACUCAUUACUCUUAGCAGGAGGCUUCAUUUUAACAGGCUGUCUCAAACAAGCAGCUUCUUCAUCAGGAUGUUCUCUCAAAUGAUAACCUCAAGCUUAAUCAGCAAUUAAGCAUCAAGGGGACGAACAUUAGCUGUCAUUCAUUAUGAAUCUGAUUCUGUACAGUUUGAAUUAUCUGACAUUAUAAUAGCUAUAUUUUUGCUACAUUGGCAUUGAUUGACUCUCAAUGUCCAUAUUCAAUGGCUGCUAUAAAGAGGUAUACUUUACUCCAAAGCCCAGGUGUUGUGAAAAGUGUUUUUUUGGAAAGAAAGAAGAGGAUAUAGUUUAGUUACUUUUGUCAAAAUAUCAAAUGAUAAUAUAACUACAAUACAUAUUCAGUUUUCCACAUUAUGCUAAAGGUGGUGUUUGAUAUCUGAGUGACCAUGUUUUGAAUGUCUUCAACUUUUAUAAAACAAGAACAUUUUUAUUUUCUCAAUCAAAAAAUUUGCAGAUUGUAAGUCUGUAUAUCAUACUGUUACAUAACAUUUUAUGAAAAUACGGAUAUCUUGCAUUUGUAAAUAUAUUUUCAAUGUAGUAUGCAUAUGUUUCCAUCUGACCUGUUAAAAAAAGUUGCAAUGAAAAUAAUAAUAAAAGCUGAUCUAAACUGAUUAGCCAUAACAUUAAAACCACUGACAGGAGAAGUGAAUAACAUUGAUUAUCUUGUUACAAUGGCACCUGUCAAGGGGUGGGAACAGUCAGUUAUUGAAUUUCAUGUGUUGGAAGCAGGAAACUGGACAAGCGUAAGAAUAUGAGUGACUUUGACAAGGGCCAAAUUGUGAUGGAUAGACGAAUGGGUCAGAGAAUCUCCAAAACGGCAGGUCUUGUGGGGUGUUCCCAGAAUGCAGUGGUUAGUACCUACCAAAAGUGGUCCAAGGAAGGACAAACGGUUAACUGGUGACAGGGUCAUGGGCCCAAGGCUCAAUUAUGCAUAUGGGGAGCGAAGGCUAGCCUGUCUGGUCCAAACCCAUAAAUGAGUUACUGUAGAACAAAUUGCUGAAAAACGUAAUGCCACGAUAUAAAGGUGUUAGAACAAACAGUGCAUCACAGCUUGCUGCGUAUGGGACUGGGUAGCCACAGACUGGUCUGAGUGCCCAUGCUGACCCCUGCCCACCACUGAAAGUGCCUACAAUGGGCACGUGAGCGUCAGAACUGGACCAUGGAGCAAUGGAAGGAGGUGGCCUGGCCAGAUUAAUCACAUUUUCUUUUAUGUCAUGUGGAUGGCCAAGUGCGUGUGUCAUUUACCUGGGGAAGAGAUGGCAGCAGGAUGCACCACGGGAAGAAGGCAGGCUGGCGGAGUCAGUAUGAUGCUCUGGGCAAUGUUCUGGUGGGAAACCUUGGGUCCUGGCCUUCAUGUGGAUGUUACUUUGACACAUACCACCUACCUAAAGAUUGUUGCAGACCACAUACACCCCUUCAUGGCAAUGGUAUUCCCUGAUAGUGGCCUCUUUCAGCAGGAUAAUGUGCCCUGCCACACUGCAAAAAUUGUUCAGGAAUGGUUUGAGGAACAUAGCAAAAGUUCAAGGUGUUGACCUCCAAAUUCCCCAGAUCAAAUUCCCCAGAUCUCAAUCUGAUUGAGCAUAUAUGGGAUGUGCUGGACCAACAAGUCCGAUCCAUGGAAGCCCCACCUCACAACGUACAGGACUUAAAGGAUCUGCGGCUGAUGUCUUGGUGCCAGAUUCCACAGUACAACUUCAGAGGUCUUGUGGAGUCCAUGCCUCGAUGGGUCAGAGCUGUUAUGGUGGCACAAGUGGGAUCUACACAAUAUUAGGCAGAUGGUUGUAAUGUUGUGGCUGAUCGGUGUAUAUGUUGGCAUUCUGCCGCAAAUGUGUUUCAUGUGUUUCAUUCAUCCACAACAUGUUACAUACUGCAACUAUAGCUGUUAAAAACCCACUAUUUUAACCAGGUUUCAGGUUUUUUAGUAAUUAUCAAGAAAAUUCUUAUAGACUUUAGUUAUUCCUUGAAAAUAAAUGCAGGGAUAGGAUAUGAAUUUGCAUUAUUGUUUGAGAUAUUAAAAAAAAAAAAUGUUUUUACUAUCUGUGUCAUUCUCAUUUGAAAAUAUGCAAACUAAAAAUGCAAAAAUCUUAAACUUAUGAGCAACAUUUCAAAUAAUAACAUGUUAAGAAGUUUUUAUGUAAAUUGUAUUUAGCCAUACUCUCUUUAAACAGUGCCUUUAUAAAGUGCCUUACCACAUUAAAAAAAAAGUUGUUUGAUAAUAAAGGUAUUCCAUAAACAAGCAGGUAUAUUCAUUAAAGAUAAAUUAACAUUAUAAUAUUUACAUUUCACAAAGUUGAGUGAUACAUAUGAUGUCAUAAGGGAAUGAAUUAGCAGUGCCGUAUUGUAUUUUUUAGUGAUUUUUUUUUUUUUUUUUUUUUUACUGAAUGUGAUAUUUUGAGAACAAUGUUUUGUGCAAACAUUUUGUACUGUUUUUACUUCUACUUUGAAAUUAGCAUAGAGCUAAGGCAAUGACAUAUUAAGCUGCAUGUUCAUAAAUGGGGUGUGUUCCAGUUGGAUUUUCCUUGUUAUUCUUAAUGUAUGUUAAACCUAUGAACAAUAGAAAAAAUGUAUACGUAUAUGUAAAAGUGGCUAUUAUCUUAAUAUAUAACACAUCAAUUCCAAAAAAGACACACAGUAUGUAAAGCACACCUUUAGCAUUUGUGUAAUAUAUAUAUUUUUGGAAGGCUUCCAUUACACUGUGUGUUUUGUAAAUGUUAUGAUGUAGGUGAAAGGAUGUGCUUGUAUGAUAAGCUUUAUAAGAAAUUAUAUUUGUAUAUGGAAAUGACCUUUAAAAGCAUUUAUUUAUUUUCUUUAUGAUGCAUUCUGUAUCUUGUUAUAUUGUGGGGCAAGAGGUCCAUCAUUAAAUAUUGAUUCAGAGCUUUACUGCAGAAAGGUUAGACAUAUGUACAAAAGGAUGCAAUCACAUGACUUGAGUCAAAUUAGUUAGAAUACUUAUUUUUUAACCAGAUCUCCCUAGUUACAGGACUCCCUAUUGACAAACCAAAGAAAACUCAAUAAAGUUGGAUAAUUUGAAGAAUUAUAUAGCCAUGUGUUCAUUUGCCAUGUGCUAAUGUGGUAAAGGAUUGAACACACAGCCCUCUGGCCAUAAAGCAAAACAUUGCUGUACAUUGAGUGCAUUGUGUAAUCAAAAAUAAUGUUGAAACUGUGUUGCAUCAUGGAACAUGAUGUCGUUUUCU